AUGGAAGUCCUUAAUGCUAAAGCUGCAAAUUCCAUUCCUGAAGAUGAUGAGUCCAACUAUGACAGAGCUAAGGAAUUGAAGGCAUUUGAGGAUACAAAAGCUGGUGUCAAGGGACUAGUUGACUCUGGUGUGACAAAGAUUCCAAGGUUUUUUGUUCACUCACCAGAGAAUGUGGAGAAGUCAUCGAUUAAGACUACCAAUAUCAAUCUUCAGGUUCCAAUCGUAGACAUUAAAGGGUUUGAAAGCUGCCGGCGAAAGGAGAUAGUUAAUGAGAUCCACGAAGCAUCAGAAAAAUGGGGUUUCUUUCAGAUUGUUAAUCAUGGAGUUCCAGUUAGUGUCAUGGAUAAGAUGUUAGCCGGCGUGAGACGAUUCCACGAGCAACCACAGGAGAUGAAGAUGAAGUUGUACUCCCGUGAUCCUAAUCAACGAGUCAGGUUCUUCAAUGGAAAUCCCCUUCUGACAGAAGCACCAAGAAAUUGGAGGGAUGUGGUAGCUUUGGAUUUUCAGGACGGAAAACUAGACCCUGAACUUUUUCCUGAUAUUUUCAGAGAGGAGGUUAAUGAAUACAUGAGACACAUGAAAAGAAUUCGCAACUCGUUAUCCGAGUUCUUAUCAGAGGCACUCGGACUUCGCAGUGACUACCUUUCAAGCAUAGAAUGCAUGGAAACUCAAGCUUUAGUGUGCAAUUAUUACCCAGUUUGUCCUGAACCAGACUUGACUUUGGGCACCACCAAACAUACAGAUCCUUCGUUUAUGACAAUACUUCUGCAAGACAGCUUGGGAGGCCUCCAAGUUCGUCAUCAAAAUCAAUGGUUUGAUCUUCCUCCUCUCCAGGGAGCUCUUAUAGUAAAUAUAGGUGACCUCAUGCAGCUUAUAACCAAUGAUAAGUUCAGAAGUGUGGAGCACAGAGUUCUUGCCAGAAACGUCAUGCCCAGGACAUCCGUUGCAUGCUUUUUCUAUCCAAGGGCAGCGAAUAAAUUCAAACCGUAUGGGGUAAUAAAGGAGCUUCUGUCUGAUGGCUCACCGAUAUAUAGGGAAACUCAUGUCGCUGAAUUUAUGCUUUGCGUCAGGUCCAAAGGAGUUGACGGUGAAUCAGCACUUCCCUCAUUUUAA